UUUAAAAGUAUCUCCGUAAGCUCUAGUUUUAACUGACACAUCACUGCUCGCUAUUUUCCUUUCUUCUUCUUCUCCCUAUAUUACUGUUCCGGAUUUAUAGGUCUUAAAACGAUGCCGGGUCUCGAAUCAGAGACUUCGACCUUCCAUGUAUUCAACCAGGAUCUCCAAACGCAACUGCAAACGUAUCCACAGGAAACAGCAGUAGAGGAGCACCCACCAGUAGGCAGACAAAACUCGAUCAUGUCACUGACUCUUGACGAGAUUCAGAUGAAAAGCGGCAAGAGCUUUGGAGCAAUGAAUAUGGACGAGCUCCUCGCGAACAUGUGGAUGACUGUCGAGGAAAACAACGGCGGGGGAGCUGGCGCCCAACAGGAUGGGGAGAAACCGACCAUAGUGCCACGUCAAGGUUCGUUGUCAGUCCCCGUACCUUUGUGCAAGAAAACCGUCGAGGAAGUUUGGUUUGAGAUACAAAACGGCGUACAACAACCACCACCGUCGUCAAUUGCCGGUCAAAACCCCGACGAAGAUAAUCGCCGGCAACAAACCCUUGGUGAGAUCACGCUUGAGGAUUUUCUUGUUAAGGCUGGGGUUGUUCAAGAACCAUUAAAAACAACGAUGAAGAUGUCGAGUUCUGAUUUCGGUUAUAAUCCGGAGUUCGGAGUCGGUUUACAUUGUCAAACCCAAAACAAUUAUGGUGAUAACCGGACAGGUUACAAUGAAAAUCGGCCAUUUUACUCGGGUAUGGGAGAAUCCUCAAGCUGUAUGACCGGAAAGGAGAGGAGUGAUCAGUACUUAACCGGUUUAAAUGCUUUUCGGAUCCAGAAACGAAUAAUUGACGGUCCACCCGAGAUAUUGAUGGAGCGGAGACAGCGACGGAUGAUUAAAAACCGCGAAUCUGCGGCACGGUCUCGAGCCCGGAGACAAGCGUAUACUGUGGAGUUGGAGUUGGAAUUGAACCAACUCACGGAAGAAAAUCUGAAGCUGAAGAAAAUUGUGGAAGAGAAUGAAAAGAAAAGAAGGCAAGAGGUGAUGAACAGAAGCAUCCAAAUUACCAAAGAGAAGAAUGGAGACAAAUUAAGGAGGAUUCGAAGGAUGGCUAGUGCUGGGUGGUAGAUUAGAGUUUGUGUAAUAUGUUUAUCUAUAAGAUCAUUUCCAUCUAUAAAUAUUUUUACAUAUAAUAUAUAUA